AUGGAUAUAGAAAGGGUGGAAUUGAUAAGACUCUCUCUUUUCAAAGAGAAUGAUGGAAAACUUACGAUAGCUCAUAUUUAUGUGGAUGAUAUUGUAUUUAGAGGGAUGUCAGAUGAGAUGGUCCAACAUUUUGUAAAGAAAAUGGAAUAUGAGUUUGAAAUGAGUUUGGCAGGUGAAUUGACUUACUUUAUUGGACUCCAAGUCGAGCAGAUGGAAGACUCCAUCUUUCUUUGUCAAAGCAAAUAUGCAAAGAAUAUUGUGAAGAAAUUUGGAUUGAAGAAUGCUAGUCACAAAAGAACUCAUUCUCCUACACACUUGAAGUUAUCUAAAGAUGAAAAGGGAAUUAAUGUUGGUAAGACUUUGUAUAGAAGCAUGAUUGGGAGUCUUCUAUACCUUACAACAAACAGGCCAUAUAUAACUUUUGUUGUUGGAGUUUGUGCUAGAUAUCAAGAAGAACCCAAAAUGAGUCACAUCAAUCAAGUAAAAAGGAUUCGGAAGUAUGUGAAUGGUACAUGUGAUUAUGGAAUGUUGUAUUCUCAUGAUUCAAAUUCCAUGUUAGUGGGGUAUUGUGAUAUUGAUUGGGCUGGUAGUGUCGAUGACAGGAAGAAUACCUCUGAAGGAAGUUUCUUUUUGGGAAACAAUUUGAUUUCAUGGUUCAGUAAGAAAUAG